GACAUUUUGUACGUGAUAUAAAAUUCUCAGGCUUGAUUUUCUAGUUGUUCCGACAAAAUUGUCCGGGUAUUUUAUAUUAAAUGUCAGAGCCUCAAUCUUCGCUAUUACUAAAAAAGCAAUUAGCUGAGCUGAAUAAAAAUCCCGUGGAGGGAUUUUCAGCUGGAUUAAUUGAUGAAAAUGACAUAUUCCGAUGGGAAGUACUUAUCAUUGGACCUCCGGACACACUUUACGAGGGUGGAUUCUUCAAGGCCCACCUGUACUUCCCGAAGGAAUAUCCACUGCGGCCGCCGCGGAUGAAAUUCGUCACGGAGAUCUGGCAUCCGAACAUUGAGAAGAACGGCGACGUAUGCAUAAGCAUCCUGCACGAGCCGGGCGACGACAAAUGGGGCUAUGAGAAGGCAUCAGAGCGCUGGCUGCCAGUUCACACGGUUGAAACAAUUCUCAUAUCUGUAAUAUCAAUGCUGGCAGAUCCGAACGACGAGUCGCCGGCGAAUGUGGACGCGGCGAAGGAGUGGCGAGAGGCAUACCCGGAGUUUAAAAGGAAAGUCGCUAGGUGUGUCCGGAAAUCGCAAGAGGAUAGCUCGUAGGAACCUAUUGAAUGAAAUACUAAUAUUUUGAAUAUACAACAAUUUACGAGGAAAUGAUGAUGAUGAGGAACAUGAGAGAGAGAGAGAGA